GAGGAAGAAGGAGUUGAGAAAGAGUUGCAUGCUGUCAGCACGCCCAACUCCUAUUCACUACAAAUGCCGCAGAGCAGAGUCAAGCCUACACACCACUGCUGCUGACGGCUGACCUGAUACCACACACACACACACAGGCCAACCCUUUUCACGUCACGCACACUCAUCAUACCAAGCCCACAGAGGCACAGAGUCAGAGCAGAGCCGGGAGAUGCUACCAGCUGGCAGCCACUGACAAAACAAUCUACAGCAGCAGCCUUCACAGCCCAGCAUAUCCCAACACGCCAUACCUCCACCUCCAGAGAGACCAGCACAAAGGACACCACAGUGACCUCCUUCAGCGGUUAGGACUGUACCUGAUCCCACAUCCUUCAGAGAAAUAGGAACCCAACUCUGAGCGGAGCAGGAAAAGUAGCCAUCAUACCCCACCGGUGAAACCCGAGCCACUUGACCGAGAGACGGAGAGGCUGUCUGUCGUUCCUGGAGUUCGGUGAAUAAAGGGGAAGAUGCUGGCCAAAAUCCUUGAAGACAUGUGGGUGGAGCCGGAGGUGCUGGAAGCCCUCAGUGAGGACCAGAAGAGGAUCCUCUUCCUCAAAAUGAGAGAAGAGCAGGUACGGCGCUGGAGAGAGCGGGAAGAGACGGAAGAGAAGGAAGGAAGGAACAACAGUAGGCCCAAGAAAGCUGCCAGGAAACACGUGAGCUGGCUUCUCGGUCGGGACGGUGAUGUGAGCGUCAGAAUCAUCGGUGAAGUGGAUGAGUUCAGGUCCUCCAAACUCCUCCAGGGCCUAAUGUAUAACAGACUCCACGGUGAUAAUAUGAAUGGCAUCCAGACGGCAGACUUGCAGCCAGGAAGAGAGGCCCGGCAGGUUAGCUUCAAAGAUGACAUCGGGUUGCCCCUCACAGACGCUGACGAAGACCCAGCUUCACCAAACGAGCACUUGUCCAGGGAAGACUUGGACUCCUGCAGCACCGAUGACGACCUGAAGGACCCCGCUGAGGACAGCGACAGUGAAUCAGGCGGCAGCCCGGACAACAUUAACGACUGGCCUCUUCUCUACAGGCCCCAUCUUGGUAGCUAUGGCAACCAGCCGCUUAAAGCCCAGCUGUCAGAUACAGAGAUAGUCAGCCCACAGGACAGAGAGACGCAGUAUUUUGCAGAGAAGUCACAGUACGGAGGUCGAGUUGCAGAGCUCAGGAAGGCAUUCACAGAUGAUCCCCACAGCAGAUCACCUGCUGAGACAAAACUGUCCAUACCUGCCAAACCUGCUCAUCUCCAGAAAAGAGGCCCACAGCUGAUCCACUAGGACCGUGUGUAUCCACCCUGCUUCAAGACAACACUUGACCCGGUGAAGAAUAGGAGCUGGCUGUCCGAGCUCUGUGCAAAUGUAGCAGCUCGGUUGUAAAGCAACGGACCAAGAUGAGGCUAUGUGCAUCGAUGGAAAAGGAUAUUCUCUUUUCUCUUUUAUUUACAUGAUUUGAAGGCCCAGAUUGAGAAACCUCUGUGGGGUCGAGCGAGAGAAAGACAGUGAGCCGCUGGACUCAAGUGACCCUUUUUAAAAUCACAAAACUAAGCGGCUUUGAUUUUUUGUUGAAAUUCAAACUGAAGUACAUUUUCAAAGUGUCUGCAAUUGACAGGCAGACAUAGUGCAAGCUAUUCAGACACAGAGACGCACACAGACUGCUGAACACAGUGGAAAAAUGCUGUGAUAUUAUAAGUGACUUGUCAUAAAAAAAGCUGUUGGGAAUAGAAAAGAAGUGAUCGUUUUCAUGUGUUUUUCUCUCUACCGGUCCAGGUGGAUUUACAUGUAGUCAGUGUAACUCAAAGCUGCACUCCCCAGAGGGAAAGACCCUUAUUCAAAACAUCAGCUGAUGUGGGGGCUCUGAAGUUACAAUGAAAUGACUGAUAUACACAGAAAAUUAUAAACUUAGAGUAUGUAUGCAGAGCUUUUCUCCUAAGGGGGGAGGGUUCAAACCUUUUUACAAUCCAGCACAUUCACAUAUUAACACUCAAACGACGCACAUUCAUUGACAAGCGCUGACCUGCUCAUCAGCAGCCCUUUAAGGGGUUUGGUAUCUUGCUCAGUAACAAUUUGUCCAACAUUUAUGCUAGAGCCACCUUUAACUAUUGUUAGCUUGCCAAAAAAAAUGUGGUAAAACAAGACAAAACAACUAAAUUCAUUCUUAAUAUAUAUCUUGUUAUAUGUUAUUAUAUCAAAAUGAUGGGAAUAACAUUUUACAUCACAAAACAAACUUUUUUAAGAGCUUAUUCACAAAUCUGAUAUAAGUAAUGACUUAUUUUCUUUUUAAAUGACAAACCAAAAUAAAGUUGUACAUUUAAGUACAAACCACUGUUUGGGCACAUUUCAUUUCUUUGGCUGAGGAUAGAUAUAAGGCUUUUGUGCAAAAUGUUGAGAGUUCUUCCGAAAUUGUAUUCAGCAACUCCCCAGGGAUUUGGACCCACAUACAUGAGCAAAAAUCCAGUUAACAUCUUGGAUUCUAUUUGUUUUUGCUUUGUUAAUUCAAUUUUCAGUAAGCGAGGUAUACAAAUGGGUACAUCUUGAGAACUUAGUGUGUUUAAGAUCAGCGGGCUGCUGUGUUACUCAAUGAUGGAAGCCGUGUACAAAAUUAAAUUGUGUUUCUAUGUUAUUUGGAUUUUGGUAACCCUCAAACUGUCAUUUGGGCGUGAGUCAGCACUUUAACCUCACAGCCUUGGUUUAACUUCUGUCCAAAUGUCCUGGAGUAUAUUAUGUAAGAUAUUACUUGAAAAUGGUCCUCACACUACGUAGCAUCAUAUGCAAGAAGUUGCAGAAAAACAAAUUCACUGGAAAGACAGAAUCAACAGUGUAUUAUUUUUAAGCUGUAGGGUUUGAGCUGAAGUUACUACCUAACUAUUUAGUCACAUGCUCCCUUUACUUGGUCACUAAUUAAUUCCUGCAUCAUUCCUGAUGCUGACAUUGCUUUCUUCUGUAUUUUAUCCUUUGUAUUUUAAUCAGUUUUGUACAUAUUUGCAGAGUUUGUUUUGCUGGCGUUAAACAAAUUAACGAUAGUGGAGUUUUGUGUUUUUUUAUUCCUUUUCUGCUCAUAAAGUGUUCACAGGUGGAGUCGAUAGUUGUGGCUCAAAGGUAGCAUAGUUAGCAGCCGAUUAUCUAUUAAAUGGGAUGCAUCAGAAAGCUCUAUCAGAGAUCAAACGGACAGCAUUGAGAGCUGAUUAGCAUGUGGUGUAGACCAAGACAGAGGACAAGACGCUUGGGGGGGGAGACAGAGCAAAUGAGACUCGGGUCACGGGAAGCAAAACGUCACACUCAACUCAAUAAAC